AUGCACCUGGGUUCACCAAACAUCCUGACAAUAUCGUGAAAAUAGAGGGAGAGACCGCUAUCUUUAACUGCACUGUAGAUGGAAACCCUGAACCCAGCAUUGACUGGACAAAAGAUAACGUGACUCUAAACAUCACAGCGGAUCCAGAUCUAAGCCAAUCAAACUCAGGAAAAGUUCACUCUUUAGAAAUACGGAAUGUUAAUCGGUCAGAUAAAGGGCAAUACAGAUGUGUGGCAAACAAUAACAGUAUCGGUUCUGCAACUUCGUUGGCCGGAACACUCUCGGUGCAUUGUAAGUACCACCUUGUAUUUGAAGCUGUUCACAUAAUAGGUGACUUCCUCCAAGAAACGCCUAGACACCAGGCACUCAUUCAAAGCAGGCGCUUUAUCGAGUUGGCCGCUACAAGGUAGCUUCAAGAAAGAAGAAAAAGUUUAUGUCUAUCAUCUGAACAAUGCACAGCUUUUAGUACUUCACAAAAACAUAGGGACAGUGACAGCCAUAGGCUAAACUGUUUCCUUCAUUGAUUCCAUUGUAGUCGCAAACAAUUAUAAAGUGAGAACAAAACAUCAUUUUCUUAGUGAUAAUCUUACUAUUUUUGGAAGUGAGGGGGAUUGAUGGGGGCAGUGGGGACGCUUACUCUGGUUGGGUUGCCUGUUUCAGCUGCUUUGAUCGAGGGUGGCCCCUCAUUCAGGGGAGGGCGCUUAUUGGAUUGUGGACUCUUGUUUGAGUGAAUAUACUAGCUAAAGAAAAUAGAGUUUGUGUGCACUAGAAGGUCAUUUGGAUGGCUUGUUUGUAAAACUGUUGCAACGAUGUCGAAUAUGCAUAGCCCUGGGAAAGAUUUAGAGUGGUUAGCUCUAUAAUGCAAUUUUCCCUCUUUUCCCCAGUUCAUUUCUUUCUUUGUGAUCAGUAUAUGAUCACGCAUUGCUACCACGAUAGAAGAACUGAGAUUUGAUGAUGAUAACUAUUGUAGGCUUAAAUUGAUUUACGAAAUAGUUGCACUUGAGACACAGGCCCAUAUCGUGGCCGAGGCAGAAAAAUCGUGGAAUAUUUUUCGUCACGUUCUCGGAAGGUAUUCACGUACGUUUGAGCUACCGGUUACGGUGUUCUAGUAUCCACAUUCUUGAUGGAGCUUGAGUAUCAUUUCGUAACACUUCCCUUGCCGCCUACAAGAAAAUUGUUCAAUUCUUUCCUUUAGCUGUAAGUCUGUUAAAACUUCUAGCUAGCUACAAGCCCAACACUUCUGUGUUACGAAGGAAACAAAGUAUUAACGCUGCGGGCCUCACAAUAAGUGUUAAAAGAGUACUAUUGUUAAGUAAUUGCUGUUCCCUUUUCUCAAGAAGGUUAGUGGAGCUCAGCUAACUCUGUGUAUGAUAUGCUGAGGUAAUGAAUUAUUCUGAUAAGUGUGUUGCGUUUUGCCGGGACUUGUUGAAUUCCAGUUUGAACAUUCAAGUUUUUGUUAAAAGCACUUUUAAUAUAAGUGCAUUCUGGUAGAACUUCGGGACUUUGCAUGUUCCACUAUAGAAAGAAGAAAUUCUGCAGUCACCCACUGCCCACUGAUUUUAUCUUUUUCAUUUGUGUGAUCUUGCAGUCAUUUAAUUGUUCACAACCGCACUUGGUUAAAAGGUGAAACUAACUUCUUGUUAUGCGGGCCGCUUCUGGCGGCCUUGUUCAAAUUCCACUGAUAUAUCAAACUAGAUAUUGUGCUAGGAAGCCGCAUCACGCUUCAUAUAUUUAACAAAUAGAUUCCAAGUUGCCGUGCGUAUGUUCAGUAGUAGAUCCGGCAUCCCAGAUGACGUCAAAAUGUGGUACACGAGCCGCAGGCCAGUGUGUCACUGAUGUUUUUUUGAUAUUUUUCUCCUGACGUCAUCCAUGUAUCUGUACUCUAAUAGAUCAUGGGCAACGACCAAUCACAGCGCGCGUAGCAUUCCCAUGUAAUAGCUCAUUUUUUGUAUUCAAGAAAUUCAUGAUGCAGCUUAAAUUUCUUUAGCUGACAAGCGCGAGCAAUCAUUAAGGCGCUACCACUCACUGAAAAAGAAAAAGGAAAGAUUUUUUGUUAGUUUAUUCGAAUUUCGCUCAUGAGGGAUCGAUUUCAUCGCUACUGAGGUUAUACACUAUAUAUAACUGCUACUUUGUACAAUACACUAACCAGCUAUAAGGGACGAGUAUAGGAGCUCCCUCUCCUAUUAAUAAAACGCUUACUUGACCUCUGUUCUUUAUAUUUCUUUAUCACAGGUCAACCUCAGUUUUCUUUGCAUCCACAAAAUGAGACAAAGAUAGAGGGGGAUAACGUUACUUUCACUUGUGAUGCAACAGGAAAUUCUGCACCCACGUUCAAUUGGACCAAAGACGGUUCUGUUUUAACGACGGGUUCAAGAAUCAGUUUGUCAUCGGACGGCAAACAACUCAAUAUAACGAAUCUGACUAGAGAAGACAGUGGGCGAUAUGUCUGUGAGGCAACUGACAAUGUGACGACAGUUCUGUCCAAUUCUGCUACACUAAAUGUACAAUGUAAGAUUACUUAUUAUAAUUAUUACCUAAUUAUUACUAACUGAACACUGUUAAACCUAUUGCGUCCUUUUUAAUAUGCAAUUUUAAUAAAAUAUAUGAUUUAUAUUUUUUACAUUUCAAUGUUGUUUAAAAUUCUGGUACCUUAGUGUGGUUACCUAUGUUUUUACAUAUAUAUUCUAGAAAGGAAGCAAACAACAUAACACGAGGCCUUAUUACAAGAUGAAUAAUUCCCUAAACCAGAAAGUUUCCUUCUCUAUCAAACCUUAAAAUUGGCCCGUUAGCCCUAUUACCUCCAUUCGUUGAAUGCAAUGACAGAUUUCUCAAAUCUUUUAUUUGCUUUAAAUGAUCAACUGUCCUCACCUUUUAAUAAGUGGUCUUGUACUUUUCCCGUUUCAGAUGCACCUGGGUUCACCAAACAUCCUGACAAUAUCGUGAAAAUAGAGGGAGAGACCGCUAUCUUUAACUGCACUGUAGAUGGAAACCCUGAACCCAGCAUUGACUGGACAAAAGAUAACGUGACUCUUAACAUCACAGCUGAUCCAGAUCUAAGCCAAUCAAACUCAGGAAAAGUUCAUUCUUUAGAAAUACGGAAUGUUUAUCGGUCAGAUAAAGGGCAAUACAGAUGUGUGGCAAACAAUAACAGUAUCGGUUCUGCAACUUCGUUGGCCGGAACACUCUCAGUGCAUUGUAAGUACCACUUUGUAUUUGAAGCUGUUCACAUAAUAGGUGACUUGCAUUGCAUUGUUGCGUCGACAAUUAUGUCAAUCAAACCAGGCCGGAUCGGAAAAAGGCUGAUUCUCUAUUAGUUUAUUCGAAUUUUGCUUAUGAGGGUUCGGUUUCACAGCUACUGGGGUUAUACAUUAUAUAUAAAUGCUACUGUGCGCAGUACUAACCAGGUAUCCGGGACAAGCAUAGGAGCUCCUUCUCCUUUCGCGUGUUUCUUUUCCCUUCCGUAUUAUUAAUAAAACGUUUGCUUUACUACUGUUCUGUAUCUUUGUUUAUCACAGAUAAACCUGAGUUUUCUGUGCAUCCACAAAAUGCGACAAAAAUAGAAGAGGAUAACGUUACUUUCACUUGUAAUGCAACUGGAAAUCCUGCACCUACAUUCCGAUGGACCAAAAUCGGUUCUGUUUUAACGACCGGUUCAAGAAUCAGUUUGUCAUCAGACGGCAAACACCUCACUAUAACGAAUGUGACCAGAGAAGACAGUGGGCAAUAUGUUUGUGAGGCAAAUAACAAUGUGACGACAGUUCCGUCCGAUUCUGCUACACUAAAUGUACAAUGUAAGAUUACUUGUUAUGAUUACUGCCUAAUUAUUGCUAAGAACACUCUUAAACCUGUUGUGUCCUUUUUAACAAGCAAUUUUAAUAAAAUGUAUGAUUUAUAUUUUUUACAUUUCAAUGUUGUUUAACAUUCUGGUACCUUAGUGUGGUUACCUAUGUUUUUACAUAUAUAUAUUCUAGAAAGGCAGCAAACAACGCAACACGAGGUCUUAUUAAAAGAUGAAUAAUUUCCUAAACCAAAACGUCUCCUUGUCUAUCAAACCUUAAAAUUGGCCCGUUAGCCCUUUUACCUCCAUUCGUUGACUGCAAUGACAGAUUUCUCAAAUCUUUUAUUUGCUUUAAAUGAUCAACUGUCCUCACCUUUUAAUACCCCUAAAGCCUGAAAAAGAGACCCUUUCUUUCCCUCCCGCGCGCCGGUUACACAGGUUGCUUAGCGACAAAUAAAUAAUUGUCUUGCUGUGCUAUCAAGUGUUUUAAAACUUUCUAACUCCUCAGAGUAUGGAUGCUUUUACUCAUUACAGAGAUAUCCUAAGGGCUCAAUUAAUCUGCGCCAUGAGGCGAACUAAAGUCAUUAUAAGACUAUCAUUUGGCGUUUGGUAUUUUCCCUUAUUUCCUACUUUAAUCUCAUUGCCUUCUAAUUACAAAUCAGCCUGAGGUCCUUACGCAUCCACGAAAUGAGACAAAGACUGUAGUUUAUGUCCGGGAAAAUAAUGUCUACAAAGUUUGCGCCAUUGACUAAAUUCAUAUUCACAGGCUUCCUAUUUAUCAAAAAGGUAGUCAUGAACAUUCUACUUAGAAAUCUCGUCCUGAGUAGCAGUCUUGUACUUUUCCUCUUUCAGAUGCACCGGGGUUCACUAAACAUCCUGACAAUAUCUUGAAAAUAGAGGGAGAGACCGCUAUCUUUAACUGCACUGUAGAUGGAAACCCUGAACCCAGCAUUGACUGGACAAAAGAUAACGUGACUCUAAACAUCACAGCGGAUCCACAUCUAAGCCAAUCAAACUCAGGAAAAGUUCACUCUUUAGAAAUACGGAACGUUAAUCGGUCAGAUAAAGGGCAAUACAGAUGUGUGGCAAACAAUAACAGUAUCGGUUCUGCAACUUCGUUGGCCGGAACACUCUCGGUGCAUUGUAAGUACCACUUUGCAUUUGAAGCUGUUCACACAAUAGGUGACUUGAAUUACAUUGCUGCUUCGACAAUUAUGUCAAUCAAACUAGGCCGGAUCGGAAAAAGACUGAUUCUCUAUUAGUUUAUUGGAAUUUUGCUCAUGAGGGUUCGGUUUCACAGCUACUGAGGUUAUACAUUAUAUAUAAAUGCUACUGUGCGCAGUACUAACCAGCUAUCCGGGACAAGCAUAGGAGCUCCUUCUCCUUUCGCGUGUUUCUUUUCCCUUCCGUAUUAUUAAUAAAACGUUUACUUUACUACUGUUCUGUAUCUUUGUUUAUCACAGAUCAACCUGAGUUUUCUGUGCAUCCGCAAAAUGCGACAAAGAUAGAAGGGGAUAACGUUACUUUCACUUGUAAUGCAACUGGAAAUCCUGCACCUACAUUCCGAUGGACCAAACACGGUUCUGUUUUAACGACCGAUUCAAGAAUCAGUUUGUUAUCACACGGCAAACACCUCACUAUAACGAAUGUGACCAGAGAAGACAGUGGGCAAUAUGUUUGUGAGGCAACUAACAAUGUGACGACAGUUCCGUCCGAUUCUGCUACACUAAAUGUACAAUGUAAGAUUACUUCUUAUGAUUACUCCCUAAUUAUUGCUAAGAACACUCUUAAACCUGUUGUGUCCUUUUUAACAAGCAAUUUUAAUAAAAUGUAUGAUUUAUAUUUUUUACAUUUCAAUGUUGUUUAACAUUCUGGUACCUUAGUGUGGUUACCUAUGUUUUUACAUAUAUAUUCUAGAAAGGAAGCAAACAACGCAACACGAGGUCUUAUUAAAAGAUGAAUAAUUCCCUAAACCAAAAAGUUUCCUUGUCUAUCAAACCUUAAAAUUGGCCCGUUACCCCUUUUACCUCCAUUCGUUGACUGCAAUGACAGAUUUCUCAAAUCUUUUAUUUGCUUUAAAUGAUCAACUGUCCUCACCUUUUAAUACCCCUAAAGCCUGAAAAAGAGACCCUUUCUUUCCCUCCCGCGCGCCAGUUACACAGGUUGCUUAGCGACAAAUAAAUAAUUGUCUUGCUGUGCUAUCAAGUGUUUUAAAACUUUCUAACUCCUCAGAGUAUGGAUGCUUUUACUCAUUACAGAGAUAUCCUAAGGGCUCAAUUAAUCUGCGCCAUGAGGCGAACUAAAGUCAUUAUAAGACUAUCAUUUGGCGUUUGGUAUUUUCCCUUAUUUCCUACUUUAAUCUCAUUGCCUUCUAAUUACAAAUCAGCCUGAGGUCCUUACGCAUCCACGAAAUGAGACAAAGACUGUAGUUUAUGUCCGGGAAAAUAAUGUCUACAAAGUUUGCGCCAUUGACUAAAUUCAUAUUCACAGGCUUUCUUUUGAUCAAAAAGGUAGUUCUGAACAUUCUACUUAGAAAUCUCGUCCUGAGUAGCAGUCUUGUACUUUUCCUCUUUCAGAUGCACCGGGGUUCACUAAACAUCCUGACAAUAUCUUGAAAAUAGAGGGAGAGACCGCUAUCUUUAACUGCACUGUAGAUGGAAACCCUGAACCCAGCAUUGACUGGACAAAAGAUAACGUGACUCUAAACAUCACAGCGGAUCCACAUCUAAGCCAAUCAAACUCAGGAAAAGUUCACUCUUUAGAAAUACGGAACGUUAAUCGGUCAGAUAAAGGGCAAUACAGAUGUGUGGCAAACAAUAACAGUAUCGGUUCUGCAACUUCGUUGGCCGGAACACUCUCGGUGCAUUGUAAGUACCACCUUGCAUUUGAAGCUGUUCACACAAUAGGUGACUUGAAUUACAUUGCUGCUUCGACAAUUAUGUCAAUCAAACUAGGACAGAUCGGAAAAAGACUGAUUCUCUAUUAGUUUAUUGGAAUUUUGCUCAUGAGGGUUCGGUUUCACAGCUACUGAGGUUAUACAUUAUAUAUAAAUGCUACUGUGCGCAGUACUAACCAGCUAUCCGGGACAAGCAUAGGAGCUCCUUCUCCUUUCGCGUGUUUCUUUUCCCUUCCGUAUUAUUAAUAAAACGUUUACUUUACUACUGUUCUGUAUCUUUGUUUAUCACAGAUCAACCUGAGUUUUCUGUGCAUCCGCAAAAUGCGACAAAGAUAGAAGGAGAUAACGUUACUUUCACUUGUAAUGCAACUGGAAAUCCUGCACCUACAUUCCGAUGGACCAAAAACGGUUCUGUUUUAACGACCGAUUCAAGAAUCAGUUUGUUAUCAGACGGCAAACACCUCACUAUAACGAAUGUGACCAGAGAAGACAGUGGGCAAUAUGUUUGUGAGGCAACUAACAAUGUGACGACAGUUCCGUCCGAUUCUGCUACACUAAAUGUACAAUGUAAGAUUACUUGUUAUGAUUACUCCCUAAUUAUUGCUAAGAACACUCUUAAACCUGUUGUGUCCUUUUUAACAAGCAAUUUUAAUAAAAUGUAUGAUUUAUAUUUUUUACAUUUCAAUGUUGUUUAACAUUCUGGUACCUUAGUGUGGUUACCUAUGUUUUUACAUAUAUAUUCUAGAAAGGCAGCAAACAACGCAACACGAGGUCUUAUUAAAAGAUGAAAAAUUUCUUAAACCAAAACGUUUCCUUGUCUAUCAAACCUUAAAAUUGGCCCGUUAGCCCUUUUACCUCCAUUCGUUGACUGCAAUGACAGAUUUCUCAAAUCUUUUAUUUGCUUUAAAUGAUCAACUGUCCUCACCUUUUAAUACCCCUAAAGCCUGAAAAAGAGACCCUUUCUUUCCCUCCCGCGCGCCAGUUACACAGGUUGCUUAGCGACAAAUAAAUAAUUGUCUUGCUGUGCUAUCAAGUGUUUUAAAACUUUCUAACUCCUCAGAGUAUGGAUGCUUUUACUCAUUACAGAGAUAUCCUAAGGGCUCAAGUAAUCUGCGCCAUGAGGCGAACUAAAGUCAUUAUAAGACUAUCAUUUGGCGUUUGGUAUUUUCCCUUAUUUCCUACUUUAAUCGCAUUGCCUUCUAAUUACAAAUCAGCCUGAGGUCCUUACGCAUCCACGAAAUGAGACAAAGACUGUAGUUUAUGUCCGGGAAAAUAAUGUCUACAAAGUUUGCGCCAUUGACUAAAUUCAUAUUCACAGGCUUUCUUUUGAUCAAAAAGGUAGUUCUGAACAUUCUACUUAGAAAUCUCGUCCUGAGUAGCAGUCUUGUACUUUUCCUCUUUCAGAUGCACCGGGGUUCACUAAACAUCCUGACAAUAUCUUGAAAAUAGAGGGAGAGACCGCUAUCUUUAACUGCACUGUAGAUGGAAACCCUGAACCCAGCAUUGACUGGACAAAAGAUAACGUGACUCUAAACAUCACAGCGGAUCCACAUCUAAGCCAAUCAAACUCAGGAAAAGUUCACUCUUUAGAAAUACGGAAUGUUAAUCGGUCAGAUAAAGGGCAAUACAGAUGUGUGGCAAAGAAUAACAGUAUCGGUUCUGCAACUUCGUUGGCCGGAACACUCUCGGUGCAUUGUAAGUACCACCUUGCAUUUGAAGCUGUUCACACAAUAGGUGACUUGAAUUACAUUGCUGCUUCGACAAUUAUGUCAAUCAAACUAGGACAGAUCGGAAAAAGACUGAUUCUCUAUUAGUUUAUUGGAAUUUUGCUCAUGAGGGUUCGGUUUCACAGCUACUGAGGUUAUACAUUAUAUAUAAAUGCUACUGUGCGCAGUACUAACCAGCUAUCCGGGACAAGCAUAGGAGCUCCUUCUCCUUUCGCGUGUUUCUUUUCCCUUCCGUAUUAUUAAUAAAACGUUUACUUUACUACUGUUCUGUAUCUUUGUUUAUCACAGAUCAACCUGAGUUUUCUGUGCAUCCGCAAAAUGCGACAAAGAUAGAAGGGGAUAACGUUACUUUCACUUGUAAUGCAACUGGAAAUCCUGCACCUACAUUCCGAUGGACCAAAAACGGUUCUGUUUUAACGACCGAUUCAAGAAUCAGUUUGUUAUCAGACGGCAAACACCUCACUAUAACGAAUGUGACCAGAGAAGACAGUGGGCAAUAUGUUUGUGAGGCAACUAACAAUGUGACGACAGUUCCGUCCGAUUCUGCUACACUAAAUGUACAAUGUAAGAUUACUUGUUAUGAUUACUCCCUAAUUAUUGCUAAGAACACUCUUAAACCUGUUGUGUCCUUUUUAACAAGCAAUUUUAAUAAAAUGUAUGAUUUAUAUUUUUUACAUUUCAAUGUUGUUUAACAUUCUGGUACCUUAGUGUGGUUACCUAUGUUUUUACAUAUAUAUUCUAGAAAGGCAGCAAACAACGCAACACGAGGUCUUAUUAAAAGAUGAAAAAUUUCUUAAACCAAAACGUUUCCUUGUCUAUCAAACCUUAAAAUUGGCCCGUUAGCCCUUUUACCUCCAUUCGUUGACUGCAAUGACAGAUUUCUCAAAUCUUUUAUUUGCUUUAAAUGAUCAACUGUCCUCACCUUUUAAUACCCCUAAAGCCUGAAAAAGAGACCCUUUCUUUCCCUCCCGCGCGCCAGUUACACAGGUUGCUUAGCGACAAAUAAAUAAUUGUCUUGCUGUGCUAUCAAGUGUUUUAAAACUUUCUAACUCCUCAGAGUAUGGAUGCUUUUACUCAUUACAGAGAUAUCCUAAGGGCUCAAGUAAUCUGCGCCAUGAGGCGAACUAAAGUCAUUAUAAGACUAUCAUUUGGCGUUUGGUAUUUUCCCUUAUUUCCUACUUUAAUCGCAUUGCCUUCUAAUUACAAAUCAGCCUGAGGUCCUUACGCAUCCACGAAAUGAGACAAAGACUGUAGUUUAUGUCCGGGAAAAUAAUGUCUACAAAGUUUGCGCCAUUGACUAAAUUCAUAUUCACAGGCUUUCUUUUGAUCAAAAAGGUAGUUCUGAACAUUCUACUUAGAAAUCUCGUCCUGAGUAGCAGUCUUGUACUUUUCCUCUUUCAGAUGCACCUGGGUUCACCAAACAUCCUGACAAUAUCGUGAAAAUAGAGGGAGAGACCGCUAUCUUUAACUGCACUGUAGAUGGAAACCCUGAACCCAGCAUUGACUGGACAAAAGAUAACGUGACUCUAAACAUCACAGCGGAUCCACAUCUAAGCCAAUCAAACUCAGGAAAAGUUCACGCUUUAGAAAUACGGAAUGUUUAUCGGUCAGAUAGAGGGCAAUACAGAUGUGUGGCAAACAAUAACAGUAUCGGUUCUGCAACUUCGUUGGCCGGAACACUCUCAGUGCAUUGUAAGUACCACUUUGUAUUUGAAGCUGUUCACAUAAUAGGUGACUUGCAUUGCAUUGCCGCUUCGACAAUUAUGUCAAUCAAACUAGGCCGGAUCGGAAAAAGACUGAUUCUCUAUUAGUUUAUUGGAAUUUUGCUCAUGAGGGUUCGGUUUCACAGCUACUGAGGUUAUACAUUAUAUAUAAAUGCUACUUUGCGCAGUACUAAUUAGAGAUUAGCCUGAGGUCCUUACGCAUCCACGAAUGAGACGAAGAUUGUAGUUUAUGUCCGGGAAAAUAAUAUCUAUAAAGUUUGCGCCAUUGCCGGACUAAAUUCAAAUUCACAGGCUUUUUUUUAUCAAAAGGUAGUUCUGAACAUUCUACUUAGAAAUCUCGUCCUGAGUAGUAGUCUUGUACUUUCCCCUUUCAGAUGCACCUGGGUUCACCAAACAUCCUGACAAUAUCUUGAAAAUAGAGGGAGAGACCGCUAUCUUUAACUGCACUGUAGAUGGAAACCCUGAACCCAGCAUUGACUGGACAAAAGAUAACGUGACUCUUAACAUCACAGCGGAUCCACAUCUAAGCCAAUCAAACUCAGGAAAAGUUCACUCUUUAGAAAUACGGAAUGUUUAUCGGUCAGAUAAAGGGCAAUACAGAUGUGUGGCAAACAAUAACAGUAUCGGUUUUGCAACUUCGUUGCCCGGAACACUCUCAGUGCAUUGUAAGUACCACUUUGUAUUUGAAGCUGUUCACAUAAUAGGUGACUUGCAUUGCAUUGCUGCUUCGACAAUUAUGUCAAUCAAACUAGGCCGGAUCGGAAAAAGCCGAUUCUCUAUUAGUUUAUUCGAAUUUUGCUUAUGAGGGUUCGGUUUCACAGCUACUGAGGUUAUACAUUAUAUAUAAAUGCUACUGUGCAAAGCACUAACCAGCUAUUCGGGACAAGCAUAGGAGCUCCUUCUCCUUUCGCGUGUUUCUUUUCCCUUCCGUAUUAUUAAUAAAACGUUUACUUUACUACUGUUCUGUAUCUUUGUUUAUCACAGAUCAACCUGAGUUUUCUGUGCAUCCACAAAAUGCGACGAAGAUAGAAGGGGAUAACGUUACUUUCACUUGUAAUGCAACUGGAAAUCCUGCACCUACAUUCCGAUGGACCAAAAACGGUUCUGUUUUAACGCCCGUUUCAAGAAUCAGUUUGUCAUCAGACGGCAAACAGCUCACUGUAACGAAUGUGACUAGAGAAGACAGUGGGCAAUAUUUCUGUGAGGCAACCAACAAUGUGACGACAGUUGCGUCCGAUUCUGCUACACUAAAUGUAAAAUGUAAGAUUACUUAUUAUAAUUAUUACCUGAUAGAGAGGAGAAGUGUGACGUCACGUCACCAUGUUAGCACUAUUUAUGGAUGACAACAAAACCAACGACGACGGCGACGGAAGGAGAACGGCAAACAAGUAAAAGGUUUUUAUUGACAAAACAACAAAUUUGCACGUGCAUCACGCUAUUUUGUACAUUUCUUUGCGUCGUUGCACCUCUGCAACAUGAAACUUGCUAAUUUCCGACGCUCGCUUUAUGGAGUAGGUGAACCGGCACAACACAAGAGUUGUCUUUUUCCUCUUCUAAACUUAGAUACGGUCCUUUCGGAUUCAACCCGAGAAAAUUUCGGCAAUAUUUGCCAAAUUAAAUGAAAUUGAAUGAGAUCGAUGAAGUUUGAAGCUGUGCGAAUUCACUUUUUAAGUGACGUUUUCGGUUUGUUCUCAUCCAAAAAUUUUGCUACCAUGGCAACGUGACGUAACGACUUCUCCUCUCUAUAAUUGCUAAGAAUAGUCUCAAACCUGUUGUGCCCUUUUUUAAUAUGCAAUUUUAAUGAAAUGUAUGAUUUUUGUUUGUUUGUUUGUUUUUUUUUUUUUUGGUAUUUUAUUGUUGUUUAAAAUUCUGGUACCUUAGUGUGGUUACCUAUGUUUUACACAUAUAGUCUACUAGAAAGGAAGCAAACAAAGCAACACAAGGUCUUAUUCAAAGAUGAAUAAUUCCCUAAACCAGAAAGUUUUUUUUUCUAUCAAACCUUAAAAUUGGCCUGUCAGCCCUUUUAGGUCCUUUCUUGGAACGCAAUGACAGAUUUCCCAAAUCUAUCAUUUGCUUUAACAGGUUGCUUAGCGACAAAUAAAUAAUUGUCUUGCUGUGCUAUCAAGUGUUUUAAAACUUUCUAACUCCUCAGAGUAUGGAUGCUUUUACUCAUCACAGUGAUAUCUUAAGGGCUCAGGUAAUCUGCGCCAUGAGGCGAACUUAAGUCAUUAUAAGACUAUUAAAGAUUCAUUUGGCGUUUCGUAUUUUCCCUUAUUUUUCUACUUUAAUCGCGUUGCCUUCUAAUUACAAAUCAGCCUGAGAUCCUUACGCAUCCACGAAAUGAGACAAAGACUGUAGUUUAUGUCCGGGAAAAUAAUGUCUACAAAGUUUGCGCCAUUGACUAAAUUCAUAUUCACAGGCUUCCUAUUUAUCAAAAAGGUAGUUCUGAACAUUCUACUUAGAAAUCUCGUCCUGAGUAGUAGUCUUGUACUUUUUCCCUUUCAGAUGCACCUGGGUUCACCAAACAUCCUGACAAUAUCUUGAAAAUAGAGGGAGAGACCGCUAUCUUUAACUGCACUGUAGAUGGAAACCCUGAACCCAGCAUUGACUGGACAAAAGAUAACGUGACUCUAAACAUCACAGCGGAUCCACAUCUAAGCCAAUCAAACUCAGGAAAAGUUCACUCUUUAGAAAUACGGAAUGUUAAUCGGUCAGAUAAAGGGCAAUACAGAUGUGUGGCAAACAAUAACAGUAUCGGUUCUGCAACUUCGUUGGCCGGAACACUCUCGGUGCAUUGUAAGUACCACCUUGCAUUUGAAGCUGUUCACACAAUAGGUGACUUGAAUUACAUUGCUGCUUCGACAAUUAUGUCAAUCAAACUAGGCCGGAUCGGAAAAAGGCUGAUUCUCUAUUAGUUUAUUGGAAUUUUGCUCAUGAGGGUUCGGUUUCACAGCUACUGAGGUUAUACAUUAUAUAUAAAUGCUACUGUGCGCAGUACUAACCAGCUAUCCGGGACAAGCAUAGGAGCUCCUUCUCCUUUCGCGUGUUUCUUUUCCCUUCCGUAUUAUUAAUAAAACGUUUACUUUACUACUGUUCUGUAUCUUUGUUUAUCACAGAUCAACCUGAGUUUUCUGUGCAUCCGCAAAAUGCGACAAAGAUAGAAGGGGAUAACGUUACUUUCACUUGUAAUGCAACUGGAAAUCCUGCACCUACAUUCCGAUGGACCAAAAACGGUUCUGUUUUAACGACCGAUUCAAGAAUCAGUUUGUUAUCAGACGGCAAACACCUCACUAUAAGGAAUGUGACCAGAGAAGACAGUGGGCAAUAUGUUUGUGAGGCAACUAACAAUGUGACGACAGUUCCGUCCGAUUCUGCUACACUAAAUGUACAAUGUAAGAUUACUUGUUAUGAUUACUCCCUAAUUAUUGCUAAGAACACUCUUAAACCUGUUGUGUCCUUUUUAACAAGCAAUUUUAAUAAAAUGUAUGAUUUAUAUUUUUUACAUUUCAAUGUUGUUUAACAUUCUGGUACCUUAGUGUGGUUACCUAUGUUUUUACAUAUAUAUUCUAGAAAGGCAGCAAACAACGCAACACGAGGUCUUAUUAAAAGAUGAAUAAUUUCCUAAACCAAAACGUUUCCUUGUCUAUCAAACCUUAAAAUUGGCCCGUUAGCCCUAUUACCUCCAUUCGUUGACUGCAAUGACAGAUUUCUCAAAUCUUUUAUUUGCUUUAAAUGAUCAACUGUCCUCACCUUUUAAUACCCCUAAAGCCUGAAAAAGAGACCCUUUCUUUCCCUCCCGCGCGCCAGUUACACAGGUUGCUUAGCGACAAAUAAAUAAUUGUCUUGCUGUGCUAUCAAGUGUUUUAAAACUUUCUAACUCCUCAGAGUAUGGAUGCUUUUACUCAUUACAGAGAUAUCCUAAGGGCUCAAGUAAUCUGCGCCAUGAGGCGAACUAAAGUCAUUAUAAGACUAUCAUUUGGCGUUUGGUAUUUUCCCUUAUUUCCUACUUUAAUCGCAUUGCCUUCUAAUUACAAAUCAGCCUGAGGUCCUUACGCAUCCACGAAAUGAGACAAAGACUGUAGUUUAUGUCCGGGAAAAUAAUGUCUACAAAGUUUGCGCCAUUGACUAAAUUCAUAUUCACAGGCUUCCUAUUUAUCAAAAAGGUAGUCAUGAACAUUCUACUUAGAAAUCUCGUCCUGAGUAGCAGUCUUGUACUUUUCCUCUUUCAGAUGCACCGGGGUUCACUAAACAUCCUGACAAUAUCUUGAAAAUAGAGGGAGAGACCGCUAUCUUUAACUGCACUGUAGAUGGAAACCCUGAACCCAGCAUUGACUGGACAAAAGAUAACGUGACUCUAAACAUCACAGCGGAUCCACAUCUAAGCCAAUCAAACUCAGGAAAAGUUCACUCUUUAGAAAUACGGAAUGUUAAUCGGUCAGAUAAAGGGCAAUACAGAUGUGUGGCAAACAAUAACAGUAUCGGUUCUGCAACUUCGUUGGCCGGAACACUCUCGGUGCAUUGUAAGUACCACCUUGCAUUUGAAGCUGUUCACACAAUAGGUGACUUGAAUUACAUUGCUGCUUCGACAAUUAUGUCAAUCAAACUAGGACAGAUCGGAAAAAGACUGAUUCUCUAUUAGUUUAUUGGAAUUUUGCUCAUGAGGGUUCGGUUUCACAGCUACUGAGGUUAUACAUUAUAUAUAAAUGCUACUGUGCGCAGUACUAACCAGCUAUCCGGGACAAGCAUAGGAGCUCCUUCUCCUUUCGCGUGUUUCUUUUCCCUUCCGUAUUAUUAAUAAAACGUUUACUUUACUACUGUUCUGUAUCUUUGUUUAUCACAGAUCAACCUGAGUUUUCUGUGCAUCCGCAAAAUGCGACAAAGAUAGAAGGGGAUAACGUUACUUUCACUUGUAAUGCAACUGGAAAUCCUGCACCUACAUUCCGAUGGACCAAAAACGGUUCUGUUUUAACGACCGAUUCAAGAAUCAGUUUGUUAUCAGACGGCAAACACCUCACUAUAACGAAUGUGACCAGAGAAGACAGUGGGCAAUAUGUUUGUGAGGCAACUAACAAUGUGACGACAGUUCCGUCCGAUUCUGCUACACUAAAUGUACAAUGUAAGAUUACUUGUUAUGAUUACUCCCUAAUUAUUGCUAAGAACACUCUUAAACCUGUUGUGUCCUUUUUAACAAGCAAUUUUAAUAAAAUGUAUGAUUUAUAUUUUUUACAUUUCAAUGUUGUUUAACAUUCUGGUACCUUAGUGUGGUUACCUAUGUUUUUACAUAUAUAUUCUAGAAAGGCAGCAAACAACGCAACACGAGGUCUUAUUAAAAGAUGAAUAAUUCCCUAAACCAAAAAGUUUCCUUGUCUAUCAAACCUUAAAAUUGGCCCGUUACCCCUUUUACCUCCAUUCGUUGACUGCAAUGACAGAUUUCUCAAAUCUUUUAUUUGCUUUAAAUGAUCAACUGUCCUCACCUUUUAAUACCCCUAAAGCCUGAAAAAGAGACCCUUUCUUUCCCUCCCGCGCGCCAGUUACACAGGUUGCUUAGCGACAAAUAAAUAAUUGUCUUGCUGUGCUAUCAAGUGUUUUAAAACUUUCUAACUCCUCAGAGUAUGGAUGCUUUUACUCAUUACAGUGAUAUCCUAAGGGCUCUAGUAAUCUGCGCCAUGAGGCGAACUAAAGUCAUUAUAAGACUAUCAUUUGGCGUUUGGUAUUUUCCCUUAUUUCCUACUUUAAUCGCAUUGCCUUCUAAUUACAAAUCAGCCUGAGGUCCUUACGCAUCCACGAAAUGAGACAAAGACUGUAGUUUAUGUCCGGGAAAAUAAUGUCUACAAAGUUUGCGCCAUUGACUAAAUUCAUAUUCACAGGCUUCCUAUUUAUCAAAAAGGUAGUCAUGAACAUUCUACUUAGAAAUCUCGUCCUGAGUAGCAGUCUUGUACUUUUCCUCUUUCAGAUGCACCGGGGUUCACUAAACAUCCUGACAAUAUCUUGAAAAUAGAGGGAGAGACCGCUAUCUUUAACUGCACUGUAGAUGGAAACCCUGAACCCAGCAUUGACUGGACAAAAGAUAACGUGACUCUAAACAUCACAGCGGAUCCACAUCUAAGCCAAUCAAACUCAGGAAAAGUUCACUCUUUAGAAAUACGGAAUGUUAAUCGGUCAGAUAAAGGGCAAUACAGAUGUGUGGCAAACAAUAACAGUAUCGGUUCUGCAACUUCGUUGGCCGGAACACUCUCGGUGCAUUGUAAGUACCACCUUGCAUUUGAAGCUGUUCACACAAUAGGUGACUUGAAUUACAUUGCUGCUUCGACAAUUAUGUCAAUCAAACUAGGCCGGAUCGGAAAAAGGCUGAUUCUCUAUUAGUUUAUUGGAAUUUUGCUCAUGAGGGUUCGGUUUCACAGCUACUGAGGUUAUACAUUAUAUAUAAAUGCUACUGUGCGCAGUACUAACCAGCUAUCCGGGACAAGCAUAGGAGCUCCUUCUCCUUUCGCGUGUUUCUUUUCCCUUCCGUAUUAUUAAUAAAACGUUUACUUUACUACUGUUCUGUAUCUUUGUUUAUCACAGAUCAACCUGAGUUUUCUGUGCAUCCGCAAAAUGCGACAAAGAUAGAAGGGAUAACGUUACUUUCACUUGUAAUGCAACUGGAAAUCCUGCACCUACAUUCCGAUGGACCAAAAACGGUUCUGUUUUAA